AUGGCGGAGACGCUGAAGAGGGUGCUAAGCCCCGGUAGGGCGGCCGGGCCCCGGGAGGAUAUGGCCGCGGAGGUUGGGCCACCUUUGCUGUUGCUCGGCGGUCCAGGGUCCGGAAAGACAGCGCUGCUAUUCGCGGCGGCCCUGGAGGCGGCAGGGGAGGGCCGAGGCCCCGUGCUCUUCCUGACGCGGAGGCCUCUGCAAAGCCUACCCCGCCGGACGCCGGCGGCGCUCGACCCCCUGCGGCUACAGAAGAUCCGUUUCCAAUACCCGCCCUCAACCCAUGACCUUCUUCAGCUCCUGUGCUCUGCCCAUGAGGCCCGGGGACCAGCCCCCUUCCUUCUGCUCUAA